CGCGGCGCGGAGCGCCUCGAGUCGUGCAGGCACUGGCUUUUCGGAGCCGCCUCGGCGGGCCGAGGGGCCCAGGAUACCCCGUCGGAGAUCUCGGUGUUCGGCGGCCGGCGGCCAAGGCCGUGGGCGACCGCACUCACGACGAUGGCGCAGGUACUUCUUCUGGCCAGUCAGUUGAUGCUGGUGUUCCGUCUGCUACCGCGCAGGGUGAUUGCGACGUGCUCUGAAGACGACGACAACAGCGACGACGAGUGGACCAAAGACGACUACAUCAAGCAGCUGGCAGGCGAUUGCGUUUCCAAAAAGAUGGCAGAACACAGGGACGAGCUCAUCCGCGACCUCACGCAAGCGGUCUCCUCGACAGUCGCCGUCCAAGUCAAAGAUUUUGCUGCUCAGCUUGCUGAGCAUUCUCUUGAUGAUGGCAGGCUGGCUGAAGGUGUGCAGCAGCUUCCAAAAAUGGCCAAGGAUGCAUCCGAGCAGUUCUGCUCCGAGAAGCUCGACGUUUACCGAAGGAAGUUCCAGGGGCAGCUGGGCGGGCGCUCGAUUCGCCCACGAGCCUGCGGUAAUCGUCUCGAUGAGCACGACGCCGUUCUGCAGACCCUGCGCGAACAUAUCCAAGAGCUGCGCGGCGCCCUCGCUCUCGCCAGCGCCAAGCCAAAGUCUCCUCCCGCCAGUGCUGCUGGAUUUGGCAGGGAAGUCGACGCCACCAUCAUUCGUGCCAUGGCCUCUAAGCUCGUCGAGCUCUCCGCGGUCCAGCAGGUCCUCGCCGACUGGAUUGUCCAGCGCGGCGUGGAUGCGAAGUUCCUCACCAUCUCCUCGCCCGAGAGCGUCGCCAGGCAGCCCCACGCGCACGUGUCUUCACCAAUUAUUGCGAGGGGUCUGCAGUACGCGGCGGAGUCGCCACUAUUCUUCCUGCGGGGUGCCCAGCUGAGGUUUCUCAUCGGUCUCUGGUUCAUGGUAGAGUGCUACGAGUGGAAGACACCUUGCUUCAUGGCGGAGAUCUCGUCUGGCGAGCCCACGUACUUCGACCGCUUUUCACAUUCAGUCGUCAUCCUAGAGCAGCUGGCCUGGCACCUCUUUGAGUCUGAGGGCUUCCAGCAGCAGCUCAAGGCUGCUUGCGACAAGCUGAACUUUGCGGACAAGAGACCCCGAGACAGAUUAAGCAGCAUAAGUGGGCGGUUCGUGAAGUUGCCGCAGACUAUCGAGACCGACUCGUUCAACAGCGCCGCGCGCGUGCUCGGUCUUCGCAACGCGGACAUUAAGCUGAUCACGGCGGCAAUCAACAUCCAGGUCAGCAAGCUUCUGACGGACUGGGCUCCGAGCUCGCAAAGAGGGUACAUUCCGAAGCGGAGCUUCGGCGUCAGCAUCUUGCAGUUGGACGUCGCAGCACGCGCUGACUUCAACUCACCUUCAGCUGGUAAAGACCUUUCAUCCCUAUUCGCGCUGGACUUUGGCGCGGCCUUCCCGAGCUUGGCACAAUCCUUCAUGCUGAUGGUUAUGCGCAUUGCUGAGGCCGUGGCUACCCUAUCGCUCAAGCUGACCAAGCGCAUGCUUGUUCCGCUCCACGUUCCAUUCACCGAGCAACUAGCCGAGAACAUGCGCACCGCGAUCGCCGCCAAGUUGAGUAAGCUGGUCUACCUCGGGCUUGUCGUGGGCCCUGCUGCGGGCUGCUAUUCGCACGGCGCAGCUAGGGGCUACCGCUGCGUCGAGGGCGCCGCUUGCGCCUUCCUGGACGCACAGCACCUCAAGGACCACUUGAUGGUGAGGUACCACCUGCUCUACCUGUUCCACCAGUGGAUGCUGCUCUACCGGCGCGUGGAGUUCCGCCUGAAGAUCGGCCCCCACCUGCUCGUCAUGAAUCGGGUUCUGAACCGCCACCUCCUGCUCCUCUCGCUGGGCACGCUCGGUACCGCUGCUAAGACUGCGCGCGCGUUGGUCAUUGGCAACGACAUCCACGAGGCCAUCGGCUCGCUGGGCUCCCAUGCCGCUGGGCCUCACGGAUCUGCUGCGCUCACAUCUGCGCAGAGGGAAGCCGUCAUCGACCACCUCGACGCGAACCGUCCGCUCUCCAACUACCACCGCGAGCUUGUUGCUUGGCCGAUCACGCAUCGUGAAGCACUUCUUCACGCUGCCGAUGCUCGUGAAGAUCAGGACGCGAUGUUGUGCGACAUUGAGGACGAGGACGACCCUGCACUCGGCAGCCAGGUGCUCGCUGACGCCUCGCUCCAGUCGGGUGCUCUACCUCUUCCUGCCGAAGGUCUUGAUGGUAUCUCCGUGGCAGGCGAGGGUGCCUUCCCAGACCACGCGCCCAUCGACCCCGUGGCGAAGGUGGCGUUCGGCGGUGCCGACGACGCUUCUCUUUCCGCAGCCUUCCCCGACUGCGACCCCGUUGACAGCGUCGCAGGUGAAGGAGACGUGCUCAUUAUGAACUACGACGGUGUCGCCAUCACGGACCUCGAGUCCGUCGGG